GCGGCGAGGAGGGGCAGCGUUAGGGUUAGGGGUUGGGUCAGGGUGUGUGUGAGCGUUCUGGUCUGGUCCGGGUUAAGGUUAAGGUUAGGGUUAAAGUUAGAGGGUUUGUCUGGUGGUGACGCUGACGCUUGAUACCUGCGGUGAGUGCAGAUCCACAUCGCUGGGAGGAAAAAAAAUGUCCUGUUGGUUGAGGAAAGAGACUUUGGUGUUGGCAGAAGAUUAUAUUGACUUCUGCACCGGGAUCCGACGGACACCUCCCAGCGAAUCAGCCGAGGCCAUGCGCUGCCUGGCCAAAGAGAUGGAGCGCCAGCACCUCUCCAAGUUCCGCUCCCUGUCCCAGAGGCUCCUGGGGGCGUGCGGCUCAGACCCCAGCACCUGCCUUCGCAGUGUCAUGGCUGAGCUGGUCAACGAUGGCAAGCUGAACUGGGGCCGAGUGGUGUCGCUCUUCACGUUCACGGGCGUGCUGGCCACCGAGCUGUUCUCCAGGGGAGAGGGGCCAGAGUGCUGCCGGAGUCUGGCCGAGACGAUAGCAGACUAUCUGGGAGGAGAGAAGCGAGACUGGCUGGAGGAAAACGAAGGCUGGGAGGGUUUUUGCAGGUUCUUCCGCGGUAUGGGCCACGUGGGUCAGGAGUCCUCCAUGAAGACAGCCCUUUUCGCCGCCGCUGGAGUCGGUCUUGCGGGCCUGACGUUUCUCCUGGUGCGCUGAACCCCACAUCUCACCAUCUCGUUCACACAGCUUUUCCUUCUUUUAUUCUAUUCUGGUGCAAGUUCAAGUUCUCAGUUCAACUUUAUAUUUGCACAUGUGUUGUUUAUUCCUUUUUUACACCAUCACUCCUCUCAGUCAGUUAUGGAAAACUAUUCAUUGGUAAUUGUAAAAUCUGUAACAUGGCCUUCAGAAAUAAGGCAGGUAAUGAUGGUUUGCAUUUUGGUGCAUUUUAAUUUUCUGAGUGCUUGUCAUCACUUUCAUGUAUAAACAUUUAACAGGUUCACUGUGUGGAAGAAAAAAAUGGGAAUUUUUUUAAAUUUUUUUUGUACUUUCUUCUGAAAAAGUUUUCACCAAUGGUUACUGCGUUUGCAACGCACAAAAGUAAUAUAUUAUAUUUAUAUAAAUACCAAUGUAAACAUCAGCCAGCAACACGUAAUUAAUGUGUGUUUGUGUAUAUUAUUUUACAUUUCAUAUUGUAUUUCUUUCUUUUUGGGUCUUUUUCUUUACAAAUUUUGUGGAAGUCAAAUGUUUUGAAGGUGCUAGCUUAGCUUCAAGCCUUUCUGCUAUAUGCUAAUAACCCAUGAAUGACCAGUUCAGUUUGUAAAAUGUAUUUAUUUAUCGUUUUAAGAACAAAUUGUAUCUUCAGGCAUUUCUUUACACGGACAGACCCUAUUUUUGCAUCAUUUUAUUUAUUUAACACUUUCGUAAUAAAAGAACAUAAAGGUUG